GUUGAUUCUACCAACAAUUUCCCACUGGAAUGUGUCAUCAGGAGGGUUUUUAGAAGUACACGAGGAGAUGAAUGUCUAUUACUCUGCCCUGUUGAUAUGCCUGUUCAAAUCUUAAAGAGCAGAAAUGUCGAGGGGUGGGCUGCUGUAAGCGAUGAAGAAGUUGAAGCUAUCCUACCCACUGCUGCCUAUGCUCUAGCCAAGAUACACAUGCAUCUCGUGUACAGUGGGUUCUGUUACACAGCACGAGGAGGAUUUUGCUACACAGAGGAUGACAUAUUUGAAUUUAGAACAGAUGGUGAGGACGUAGAUGGCUUGCCAAGUGAAGGCAUAGAAAUUACAUGCUUCCACAUGGAUGGUUCGCACUAUAUGAUUUAUACACCUUCGGACCCGCUUCUAUUUGUUGCAUCUAAGGACAAAGAUGGUCUAUUGCAGAUCGCUGACGAUGAACUCUUGGAAGAUCCGGCCAUCAUCAGCGCGAUCGAUGAGGAAACUGAAUUUAACGCCUUAGUGGAAGAAGAGGCUGCACUUCUUGAAUCAUUACUGGGGGAAAGAUAAUCAUUCUGAAUUGCUUUGGUUUUUUGACAUUUUGCAAUUUCUCUUUGUAUUCUAUUUACAAUAGACCCUUGUCGUCUGGUCCGGCCCUUCCCCGGACCCCACUCGUAGCGGGAGCUUCAAUAUUCUUCAUAUUGUAUUUGAUUAGUGUACAGUGUCUAGUCAUUAGUCUGUUAAAUGACCAAUGUUAACUUUAUCAUUUACGAGUUCAAUCGAACCCAAUAUUUUGAUAUGAAA